CAUUUUUACCUCCACUAUUUAUCGUUUAUUUAUUUAUCAUUAACUUUGUGCAGCGUUUUUGAGUGUAAAAAUAUUUACACAGUGAAGAAAGUGAGAUUGUUGUAACCUAUUUUUUUUUGACAUAUUUCUAGAAUUUUUGAUCUACUUCAGCAUAUGAAAAUGGUGCGAUGGUAUUUUAAUCUCCACAGCCAGACUCAAGCAAUUCAAAUACUUUUAUUUUAUUUUAUUUUUUUUUUAUUAACCUCAAACUUCAAAUGAUCUAUUUUACCCAAGAAAGCGUUUGCACUCACACGGUCCGCGCCCCCCAUUUUGAAAACCUCUGCUCGUAUCUGUGUCCGCCGUGUCUCCUGGCAGACCCUAAACUAUGUAUCAGCUCUAGUUCUCCCAGGCAAACGCCCCGGCGAUGGCAUCACCCGCCGUCGUCAUAACGCAUCCAUCUGCCAUUACCAGCUUGUAAUCCCGGAGCGGCGACUUGUCAAUGCGCAGAGCAGGACACCGAUUCAGAGUGAAAAAGGCAGGCAGAAGAAACGGGCUGGUGGGCGUAUCGCCACCCGGGACAAAAACCGCCGCACAGCGAGAAAGUAACUGCGGGAGGGUGACGCUCGCGUGGCGGCACCGUGCGUUUUUUUUUAUUUUUUAACGAGGGGAUACGAACUGUUUUCCACGCGAGAUUUAUCCUGCUUUUUUACUCUCAGUCUGAAGCUCGACCCACAACGCCUCCGCUCAUAGGCUGCCAUCCACCGGGGCAGCUCGCACUGCUGUCCGGCGCCUUUCCUCGGAGAGGACAACGCGGAGACAAGAGAGAGAGAGAGAGGUCAAGGCAAAGUCACUUGUGUGGCUGAGGAGGGGAGGACCGUUUACCAAGCUCCCGUGGUUCUGCAAUUUCUUGCGCUUUGCGCUUAUUCUUGUCUGCGGGAAGACCUUGGGACGGAGCGACACCCACCCACCCACCCACCGACCGACCAGAGAGGAUUAAUAUUCUAUGAUCAAGUUCCAUUCAAAGAGCUGUGAAUGCGCGAAGUGUGGCGUCAGGGCAGCACUGACAGCUGCUGAUUUGAAAAGCAGGGAGCAACUGUCAGGGAGCUUCUGUGGAGACUGGUUCAGUCGCCUAAAACGACACGACCCGGAGCCCGGUUCCUUAAUCGUCCACAUGGACUGCUUUUCCUCCGCUCUUUAAGCGCCGGAUUCUGGAGAUAUUAACCCCGUGUGGUUGGGUAUUUUUUUACGGAGUCUUCACAGAAACGCGGGGAGCUCACAUGGAGACCAAAUGAGUGCGCAACGCGGCUGUGCGCCGGUUUGACGGCGUGUUUUUUUUCUUCCUCCACUCACACUCCUGUCCCAACGGAUCACCGGCAGACAGUGGAUUGCUGUAGGUUGUUACCCAUAAACCGGCCGUGUACCUUUACUUGCUUUCGAUGCAAACUCAACGGGAACUACGCUGAAACGCCUGGUUUGCCCCACCGCCCUUCCAAGAACCCCGCAGCGCGACCAGCCGUGCGGGGUGCAAGACAGACGGACAAAAAAAAAAAAAAAAAAGGGAGAGAGAGAGGGAAAAGUGGAUAUGUUUUUUUUAUUUGGUUGGAAAUUUUGUCUGACCAGGAAGGAGAUUAUUUAACAUUGUUUGUAUUGCUGAGCGGAGUGCUUCACCUGGCUCGAUAAGGGAGGGGAUAACCGGAGGAGACGGAGACGCGCAGGUCUUUGGAUCCAUCUCCCUGGGCCACUUCUCUAUUCUGUCCAUCCACCUGUCACUGCAGUUCAUCUUCAUGUUGAGUCUUAAUACAUCACAGCACACCAGAUAGAGUUGCCCCGUUCCCAGUGGAGGAUAAUGGAACGGCUGUGGUUCUCUUUGCUGUUGCUGGCAGCAGCAUGCAGGGGACAGCCGUGUCCGAAACGCUGUAUGUGCCAGAGCCUCUCUCCGUCACUCGCUAUCCUCUGCUCAAAGACGGGCUUGCUCUUUGUUCCCGCUGCCAUUGAUCGACGAACCGUGGAGCUACGACUUCAAGAGAACUUCAUCACAGCUGUCCGAAGAAAAGACUUUGCCAACAUGACCAGCUUGUUACAUCUGACCUUGUCCAGAAACACCAUCAGUCAGAUCUUGCCUUCAGCUUUCAGUGACCUGCGGCGACUCAGAGCACUCCACCUAGACUCUAACAGAUUAACUGUGAUCAAGGAUGAACACUUCAAAGGCCUGACCAACCUUCGUCAUUUGAUCCUGGCAAAUAACCAGCUGCACUCCAUAUCUCCCCAUGCCUUUGAUGACUUUCUGUCCACGCUAGAGGAUCUAGACCUCAGUUACAACAACCUUGCCCAGGUGCCCUGGGACACGAUCGGGCGGCUAACCAAUGUCAACACCCUGAACAUGGAUCAUAACCUCAUAGAAAAUGUUCCCCAGGGGGUUUUCACCAACCUGCACAAACUGGCCAGGUUAGACAUGACAUCCAACAAGCUGAAGAAAAUUCCCCCGGACCCGUUGUUCCUGAGAAUCCCAGUUUACGCCAAGUCCAAAGGCUCUCCCCUCUCCUCUCUAGUGUUGAGUUUUGGUGGUAACCCUCUUCACUGUAACUGUGAACUUCUUUGGUUGAGGAGACUAACCAGGGAAGACGACCUGGAGACGUGUGCCUCUCCCCCUGACCUCAGUGCCAAGUACUUCUGGACAAUACCCGAAGAGGAGUUUAUUUGUGACCCACCAGUUCUGACCCGCAAGUCACCUCAUACGGUGGCUAUGGAAGGCCAACCAGCCAGUCUGAAGUGCAAAGCGAAUGGUGAUCCAGAGCCUGAAGUCCACUGGAUUAGCCCUGAAGGACGUCUUAUUUCUAAUAGCUCCAGGACUUUAGUUUUCCCUAACGGAAGCCUAGAGAUCAACGUAACAUCGCUGAAGGAUUCGGGAAACUUCACCUGCAUUGCCUCCAACGCAGCAGGUGAAUCUACAGGAAGGGUGGAGUUAGUUGUGUCUCCUAUGCCCCAUUUGGCGAACAGCACAAGCCGUAGCCGAGAUCCUUCCUCCGAACCUGCCCCCUCCGACAUCCUGACCUCCUCUAAGGUUGCGAUGCCCAACAACGAGACAAGAGGGGCGGACCGAAGGGUCUCACUGGUGGAACUGACAGGAAACUCUGCCCUCAUUAGAUGGAGCAGUCAAACUCCCACGACCGGAGUCAGGAUGUUCCAAGUGCAGUACAACAGUUCAGGGGAUGACACGCUGGUUUACAGGAUGAUCCCAUCCAGCAGCAACGACUUCCUGGUCCGGGACCUCGCCGCUGGACGCAACUACGACCUGUGCGUCCUGGCUGUGUUUGACGACGUCAUCACGUCGCUGACUGCGACGCGUCCCCUGGGCUGCCUGUCAUUCACCACGGACACAGAGUUCAGCCAGUGCCAAGCGCUGCACAGCCACUUCUUGGGGGGCACUAUGAUCAUCAUCAUCGGAGGGAUUAUCGUCGCUUCUGUGCUGGUUUUCAUCAUCAUCCUAAUGAUAAGAUACAAGGUUUACAGCCAACAGGGGACGGGCCACGGGAAAGCGGCCAUCGCGUCGAGCGCGCCAAGGCCGCAGAGCAACGGACAAGGGGGGGCCAGUCAGGUCCAAGUCCUCCCUCGCUCUGCCUCAAAGAUGACUGACAGUCAGGACGAACAGGCGAUGGCACCGUCAAGGGCCACGUCGCCUAGCAACACUAUGAGAGACACUGUGGCAUUGGUUGAGGAGGAGGGCAGCGGACGGAGCAUAAUGACAAGGACUGACUCCCUGGCCAAUGAGGAGUUGCUCUCACCCACCAAGAGCCGUUUCUCCUCCAGGGUUGCCAUUGAGAUGAAAAUCAGACCGCCAUCUGUCGCCAAAGAGCCCACCUCUACCAUGGAACUGGCAGAACCCUGAUGGUGUUGUUCCGAGCGGCAGAUGUGGAGAAUGGACGCCACCGCUGCGAAGAAGCUGGUGAAAACCCUUAAGAAAAAAAGGCCCUAUAGCUCAUCUCCCCGUACCUCCUUUACUGCCCCCAUUUCCUUUGUUGCCAUAAAUAUCAUGGGGUUAUAGACCUAUACUGUCUGGUUUACUUUCAAGUGCUUAUCAUGGUUCUCGUGUCUGGAUUGGACGACCGUGUCAAGGCCCGGAGUCUGUUUUGGCUGUUCGCUGCGGGAUCCAGCCGUCGGUUUGAUAGUCUCAGUCCCUUUAUAACGGAGGGGCAUUUUCCACCGCACGAACACCCGCGGCAGUGUAGACGUGGAGAAACUGUGAAGUAGAUUAUUUAUUUGAAAAGCAAAACAUAAAGAGGCAUAUGGAGAUGUCCGGACAUAAAAAUGGACAGAAUUUACAAAUUAACAUCUCACCAUCUGGGGCCGCGUCAGAAUGCGAGAGCGGAGUGGAUGGGGAAAAACAGUCGAACAGAAAACGAAAGGUUGGAACAGCGUGCAUAGAUGAUCGCACGCAACCUGGAUGUACUAUAUGAUCGACUGCGCUACAUAAACAUGAGGCAUUCGUAAGCGGCUCGGCUCUUUUAGUGCACGCGGAAUAAAGCAAGUCUGUUGAACUGAUCCCGGCUGGACUGAACUGGAGCUGGUUGUUAACCCUGAGUGGACCCUGUUAUCUCACGGACAGAAUUUUACCUCUGGAAGGCACAUAAAUUACACAGGGAAGGCUGAACUGAACGUGUCUGAGCGCAGCUGGAGCCAGUGGAGCCUAAACUGGAGCUGUAAAGUGAUCUGAUCCAGGCUAAACUGUACUACAAUGCUUAAGCCUGUUAUCGGUCUUGCUUGAGUAGUCUACCGCUCCACUGCUCUAAACUGGAUGGGACUGGUGAGGACCUUGCGGACCUUUCCCAGCCUCUCUCACACAUCUCUCCAGGCCCACUUAAACAGACGCAGCGAUGAGGAGGAAAGCCACGUGUCCGAGGUCAAGAGAAGCAAACGCGCCACUGAGAAAAGAAAACUGAAGUAGCAGGGCACCAAAUUACAUGAGUCGCUAUUAAUAUCCAGCAGUUUCAUCAGAAACGUCAGCGCCAUUACUUUUCACCACUGAAAAAGUUUACAAGUUACACGGAGUACAACACUGUAAGUCACAAUAGUAUAACGUGAAGAAAAAUGCUGUAUGACUGUAUAUUACCGCACAACCUGCACCGUUAAUAUCUCGGCUGGCGUCAUCCAGGCCCCCGCACACCUUCAUCAUCACCACCACGGAGUGCGUUUACGUGCACACAGUGCGAUUGUUAGCAGGUCACGUCACAGCGUUUCGCGUCUAUAGAGCUGCAUCUUUAUGUGUGUGCGCGUGCGAGACAGAUAUCCCUUUAUAUUAAUCAGCCGGAUAUUCCACAUGCUCCGUACCAGCGUCUCCCUGAUCACGCUCUGACUCUGAUUAAUGGGACAAGUGGUACCGAUGCCAUCUCCGAUGCUAUAUACACCAUGUGUGCACGUAAUUGCACUGCCAUUAUCAUCACCACCGACACCAUUAUAUUUAUCAUCAUGAUUGUUAAAGCUCCCUGCAGAUCUGUAAGGUGUUAGAACAGGAAAUAGAUGGAGAACCUCAAACUUUUCGACCCAUUCCCAGGAGAAACCCCCACCCCCCCCCAAAAAAAAAAAACGAAAAAACAACUACAACAACGCUUUGUCUUCACUUUUCACCUCCUGUGUCCCUCUCACGUUUUCUUUGGGCUUUAUCUUUUGUAUGUGUACAUAAAGCAAUUUCAAAUCUUAUAGUUUUGUACAUGUAAUUUUUAUGGUGUGUGGAUAUUUUCUAAGAAAAUAAAAGAAAAAAAAUGGAUGACUUUCUCCUA